AUGGGAGCAAACUAGAGUCAACAAUAGGGGUAAUAGGAAAAGAGGAAACUCAGAAAAAGAGAUUAUCUGAUUGGAAUGUGCAUGAGUCAAUUGGCAUCAAAAGAAUCAAGUGACAAUUCAAAGCUAAGAAAAAGUCUAUCUGAAAACAUGAAAUAAUAAAGUCAAGAUAUCCUGACGUAUUAUGAAAUGCAGAUAUUUUAGAAAAAUGAGUGAAGAAGAGAUGCCUAAUUAUUCCAUUAAAAUCUUACAGUAUUUCUUAAAUUUCUUGACAUUACGAGAAUGUUUUUAACUUAAGCUUGUGAACAAAAAACUAAAAUUCAUGGUAGAGAUGAGCAGUAACAUCUACUCAAACUAUCUCAGUUAAUUCUAUUUACGAAAGCUGCAGCUCCGAUGUUUUGUAGAAUAUGGAUUAAAUUAGAGAUUUCUUUCCGUAUACCACUCUUAAUUGUUAUGUAUCGAAACCAACUAAGAUGAAUCCUGGAUUAGGAUAUACGUAAGCUUCCAGAAAAGCCUGUAAUAUUUAAUGACUAUCAAUUAGAUAAUAAAUGAGAAUCAUAGAAGAAGAGAUAUAAAAGACCUUCAAUAUUGAAUAUCCACUGGUUGAUAAGAUCUUGGAUAUAGGCCGUAAUCCAGUUAUGCCUAUCCCUUUAUUGACAGAUGAUGUUCUCAAGUAAUGCACAACCAGCUGGUUUUAAUUGGAGUUGGCCCAAAGGACCUAAGAUUCUACAAUUGUAGAGAAGGUUCCUUUAUUUGAUGAACUAACAGAGAAGCUCUAUUAAGAUUGUCUGGCUAAAUUUGAUGUCAAAAACAUGAAACACACCUAAUUACUAUUUGAAUUGAGAUGGGUUGUGAUUGACAAUUUUCUCAAAGAUCCUACCAUAUUAGAUUCUGAGAAUAUACCCCUUCUGUUGAGGUUCUUGCUUUAAAUACUCUAUUUCAUUUAUCAAAGAUGCUUAUUUAGUAGAAAUGUUUUGGUAAUUACUAAGACACAAAAAAAUCCACCCAUGUUUCUUAAUAUGUAUACUAUUUUAUGGGAAUCUUAUGUUGGUAUGAUGUGGGCAUUGAAUAGAGCUUUGAAGAAAAUAUUUAAUAAAAUAGACUUGAUAUUUGAAGAAUAUUUUACUACUAACUUCCCUAAAAUCACAUUCACCAGUGCUCUUGCUAGACUGUGGUCAUAAAUUGUUAUAAAAGGUACUAAAAAUUCAUAAUUGGAUUCAAUUGAAAAUGAAUUGUUUACUUCAUUUGAUAGUCUGUUAAAAUAAAAAAGAGUGACCUUAUAACAAUUCUAUAUAAAGAAUCAUUGUAAUAUUGAACAGUAAAUAAUUGGGUAAAGAUAAAAUGAUGAUUUCCUUAUAAACUGUCCAAAUGCUGUAAAUUUUCUUUUAAAUAAAUUCGCUUCUAAUAUUCUUGAUCUGUCUCUGCAUGAAUAAAGUAUAAAUUGGAUUGGACACUCAAUUAUGAAAGUGGGUUCUCUCUAUGGAAUAAUAUUGGACACAGUAAUCUCAUAAACAAAUGAACUAUAUAGCAAAACAUCCGAACAAUUAUCCACCAAUUACUAAGCGUUCAAAGAUUAUAUCAUAGGUAUGUAUAUCUAAUAUUAAAUUGCAUAGCUGAUUCUAACUUUAUGCAAGAAAUUCUGAAUCAAUGGACCGUUUAAGUGUGUUUACUACCUCGAGGAAUUGAAUAUCUUUAUGAAAAAGUUAAAAUCAAUCUCAGAUAACACGUAGUCUCCUACCAAUUAAAUUAAUCUAUAGCAGAAUCUACCCACCCUCAUUUUGAGGAUAGCAUUUUGGAAUCUAAAAUAAUUGGAAGCAAUGUUUAGUAAUUGCAAUUGAAUGAUAUAGAAGAAAUUACACAGCGCUUUGAGAAAGAUGAUUCAUUUCUCGAAAGUGUUAUUUGUGAAAUUUUAAAGGAAGAGAAAAUUCAAUAGAAUGAAUAAGAGUAAUCUCAAAAUGUAACACAUCCACAGCAGUCUGUUAUAAAAUAAUCUUCAUACUAUCAAUACUCAUCUGCCAAAUAAUAAAGCAUUCUUGAAGGCGAUUACAAUAAAGUUAGAAUGCUUUCUACAUUCACUUCAAGCACUCGAGUUAGUUAGAUUACUCAACUAACUAGUGUGUAUAGUUAAUAGAUUAUGUCCUCCUACAAAUCCAAUCUGAACAUGAGUUUAAUCAAAGACAUUAAAAUUAAAUUAGAAUAAAAUGAAUGGGCUAUGUAUCUAAAAGAAAUUUACAAUAUUGAAAUUGAAAACUAGUUGAAAAUUGAAAAAAGAAAUAAUUAAAUUCUAAUGAGAAAUACCGUUAAGAAAAUACCUCAGGAAUUGGAAGAACAAUUCAAUAGUAACAUAGAAUUCACUAAGGUUUGGUCUUUAGAAGACACCAUGUCAUUAUUUGAGUCCAAAAAUAGACCAGAUCAAUAUGAGGGAACCAAUUUAAAUAGAAACUUUAGUGAAAUGAAGAUUGGUCAAGGAUUACUUGCCUCUUAUUUUAUAUAACAAUAGAAAUGA